AUGUGCCGAUUCCUGGUCUACCGGGGAAGUGAUGAGAUUCUUCUCUCCAAGCUUAUCCUUGACCCGACUCACUCCAUAUUGAAGCAAUCAUUCGAUUCUAGGCUCAGGUUGGACACUCGAAGAGGUCAGAACAACGCUGAUGGCUUUGGCAUCGGCUUCUAUACCGACUCCAAGUUGGGCCACGCCCCUUGUCUCUUUACAUCGACGAUUCCCGCAUGGAACUGCACCAACCUCCAGAGAAUCGCCUCCAAGACCGCAUCACAACUCAUAUUUGCCCAUGUUCGGGCCACGACCGAGGGGUCGCUGAGCGAAGAUAAUUGCCAUCCGUUUUGCCACGGCAGUUUGAUGUGGAUGCACAAUGGAGGCCUAGGAGGUUGGAAAUACAUUAAAAGGAGACUUGGAGAGAGGCUGGCCGACAAGUGGUACCUGGGUGUCCAAGGUGGGACAGACAGUGAAUGGGCGUUUGCCUUGUUCCUUGACACUCUUGAAAGGAUGGGGCUUGACCCUAGCUCACAACCUGCCAACGGCUUCGGCCCUACGGUGUUGAGGAAGACUAUGCUCAAGACCAUAGUCAUCAUCAACGAGCUGAUCGAUGGUAUUCCGGAGAGCACAAUUCAGUCGGAGAACGUCGACACUCGGAGCUUGCUCAAUUUCGCCGUUACGGACGGUAAAAGUGUGAUUUGCACACGCUAUAUCAGCAGCGCGACGGACGAGGCGGCGAGCCUGUACUACUCGUCCGGAACUGAAUGGGGAACGAGGACAUCGGCUGUCAGCGAUCGAAACUACCAAAUGGAACGUCAAGAUAAAGGUGCCGAUAUCGUUCUGGUCGCGAGCGAGCCACUGACUUUUGAAAGAGAAAAUUGGGUGAACGUCCCUACCAACUCAAUUCUAACAAUCCAUAAUCAAACCGUCAUGGUUCAUCCGAUUAUUGAUAAGUACUACGACCGAAGUCCAUAUCACGCCAGAUCCAGUGCCUUCGUUCAGACGAAGGGGUUGAUGGCGAAUGAGAAAAUCUCAUCGCUACUCAGCCCAGCGGCAACGGCGUUGCCUAGUCCUGAGACUUCGAAAAAGAACCUUGGUCCAACCAUCCCUUUCGGCGUCUCUCGUAACCACACGCCAGAGCCUGGCUUCACCGGUAAGGCGCGGUCACCCAGCCAGCUUCACGAGGUGUCAACGCCGGUAGAUUCGAGAUCGAUCUUGAGCAUUUCGAGCGCGCAAAUCAACACAUCACGGCCUACGGUGCAGGGAAACAUCAAGGUGAAACGGACUGCGCCAGAGCAAGUUUCUCCCCAUGUCGACAGUGACACUGAGUCACUGGUUCUUGAGGACCAAAAUCAGAACAGGACAGAAUUUGGACAUCCUAACAAGCUGUCAAGAUACUUCCCUGAAUUAACCAUGUCCUAG